AUGUGUGGGCUGACAGAAGAAGAGCAAAAACGUCAACAAUCCAUGAUGCAGAACACAGAGAAUGGAGUGGCAAAACAUGAUUCCAGUGAAAACUGGUCGACACAAACUAAAUUUGUGAAGGUGGCUGUUGUAGUGGAGCAUGAACUAUUUGUGAAGUUUGACAAAAAUGAUACACUUACUGCUCUACAAGUUCUGGAUGUUGUGCACACUGCAAAUUCAUUGUAUGACCCACUUCCUCUUCAGUUGUCUAUAGCUGGACUUGAGAUCUGGUCCAUAAAGAAUCUCAUAAAAAUUUCUGACACCAUAAAUGGCACACUAUUGUCAUUCACACAUUGGAGAAGAGACUCCCUUGCUCAACGUCUAGAGAAUGAUGUUGGUCACUUAUUUGUAUAUAAGACCUUUGGAACUAUGCUUGGAUUGGCAUACCUAGGAACAAUUUGUGAUAAGAAUUGGGGAUCUGCUGUUGAAUCCUAUGAGACUUCCAGUUGUUUCAUUUUUUCUAACACAUUUGCUCAUCAGUUAGGACAUGUUCUUGGUAUGAAACAUGAUAAGAAAUACUGUAGUUGUGAUCGAGAUAACUGUAUUAUGGCUGCAGUUCAGGCACCCACCGAUCAAUUUAGCAACUGCAGUUAUAAUUAUUAUUUUAAACUAACUAAUUAUUAUUGUUUGUUAAUUCCACCAGACCCUGAAAAAAUGUAUAAAAUAAAAUAUUGUGGCAACAAGGUGGUGGAAAAAGGUGAGGAAUGUGACUGUGGCUCAAAAGCUGAAUGUGAGUUGGAUCCAUGUUGCCAAUCUAAUUGUACUCUCCAUUCUAGUGCCAAUUGUGCUUUUGGACAAUGCUGUGCCAACUGCCAGUAUCUCCCAGCUGGAUCCAUUUGCAGAAAGGAAAAUAGCAUCUGUGAUCUGCCUGAAUAUUGCAGUGGAACUUCAGUGUGGUGUCCUAAAGAUGUUUAUGUGCAAGAUGGUACCCCAUGCAGUGAUUUUACUUUUUGUUAUCAUGGAAACUGCACUACUCACAAUGAGCAGUGUAAAAGGAUAUUUGGCAGCAAAGCAAGAGCUGCUUCAGAGAAUUGCUUCAGAGAGGUUAAUGCUCAAGGUGAUCGGUUUGGUAACUGUGGAUACAGACAUGGAAAGUAUAAUAAAUGUAAUGCUGAGAAUAUCCUGUGUGGCCGACUCCAGUGUGAUAAUGUGGAUGAGAUACCGUCUUUGGAGGAAUACAACACCGUAAUUCAGUCCCCCAUUGGCAAUGGUCAAUGUUGGGGUACAGCCUACCACAGUGGAAUGGAGAUUUCUGACAUUGGAGCAGUGAGAGAUGGCACUUCUUGUGGCACUGAUGUUAUGUGUAUUGAUGGGAAAUGUGUGAAUGUCUCCCUCUUAAUGUAUGACUGCAAUGUCACAAAGUGCAACAAUCGAGGACUAUGCAACACUCACAGACAUUGCCAUUGUGAUUAUGGUUGGGCCCCUCCUAACUGUCUCUAUAAAGGGUAUGGUGGCAGCACAGAUAGUGGGCCUGCUCCAUCACGGAAGCGCACCACAAAAUUUAGCAGAACAGGAAUUAUUAUAGGAUUAAUAUAUAUCUUUUCCUUUAUCGCUUUUUGGACUGUUAUGAUUGUCUAUCAUUCAAGAAGGGACUGA